AUGGAACCUGUGGGAGUUUUUCUUGAUGAAGAGUGGGAUUCCUUAAGCAGAAUGUUCUCUGGUGAAGAAGCCGAUUUUGCGCUGCUGUGGCAUGGUCAUGGCCUAUUUCCAAGUGAUCAUCAUGAUGGUGGUUUGAGCUUUGGAGCUCCAUCAACAUUUUGGUCCCCUGAUGAAGCUAAUACAAACGUCACUGGGUUUGAUGAGAGCUUAUUCAAUUUUUCUGAUACUCUUAACACUAACGUUCACUGUUUUUCUCGAGAAGGUAGCAAUGGUGACGAUGACAGUAAUGGUGUCUUGUUUCCCGUUGGGUACCAUGAGAACCACCACUUCAGUGAUUCUAGUUUUAUUCCAGAAACAAAUAAUACACAUGAGUUCAUGAAUUUAUGUGUAAUGGAGGACAAAACCAACUUGCUAGCCCCGGUUUUUCGUGACGAUGCCAUUGAAGAUGUUCUAUGUUUGAAAGAUGCGUUUAGCAGUGACAAAUUGGGGAAUACAGCUAGUGCUGAUUCAGGCAAAGAACCACAGCUCAAAAGAAAAUUUGAGACGCAAGAACUACCCACCAAAGGAGAAUAUAACAUCAAUGGCCUCUCAAUGGAGAAUCCCAAGAAGAAAUCUCGAGUUUCAAGAAACUCACAGAAAAAUAAAAAGAAUGCUCAGCCAAAGAAGAGCCAGAAGCUUAGUUUGAGAGGCAAUGAAGAAGAAGAAGAAGAGAUUAAUGCUGGACCAAUUGGACCAAGCUCUAGUUGUUACAGUUCAGAGGAUGAUUCUAAUGCUUCCCAGGACCUAAAUGGGGCAGCAACUUCGGACUCGAAAGGUUCAUCAGCUCUCAACUUGAAUGGGAAAACAAGAGCCAGUAGAGGAUCCGCAACCGACCCCCAAAGCCUCUAUGCAAGGAAGAGAAGAGAAAGGAUCAAUGAGAGACUGAGAAUCCUCCAGAACCUUGUCCCAAAUGGAACAAAGGUUGACAUUAGCACAAUGCUUGAAGAGGCAGUUCAUUAUGUCAAGUUUCUACAGCUUCAAAUUAAGUUACUAAGCUCUGAUGAUCUGUGGAUGUAUGCUCCCAUUGCUUACAAUGGAAUGGACAUGGGUCUCUACCAGAAGAUUUUGCCCACCCUAUAG